AAGACAUUAAUUACACACGCAAAAAUUGUUGAUGAAUAAAGAGAAAAAGAAAAAAUAUAAAAAAGAAAAAGAAGAAUAAAAAAGGUGGUGGCAUAUUUGAACCGUUUAAAUAACCUUUGAACUGUUUAUCGAAUAUAAACUUAUAGACUGCGGACUCUGGUUGAACAAGUUAACACUUGUUGCCUCAGUUGAUUUUUAGUUACAGCACCACAACUAUCAUUUAUUUUUUUUUGCUCAUUGAAAUAUUGCGAUUAUAUUUUAAUCAAAAUGGCACGUUGGUUUUUAAUUGCAUUUGCAAUCACACUCAUUGUUGGUCUUGCUCAGGCUUUACCAGCACCUCAACAAGAAACAUCCACUCCAGCAUAUGAAAUCGGUGAAACUUGGAAAAAUCUUGGUGACAAAUUAAACCAGGGUCUUGAAACACUUAAAAAUGAUCCAAAUGUCCAAAACUUUUUGAAAAAUGGACAAGAUUUUUUUAAAGAUGGAAAAGAUUUUUUGAAAGAUGGACUUACUAAACUCCAAGAACAAACUUCAAAACUUGUACCCAAAACUGAUGAUACUCAAAAACCAGCAACACAAUAAUUAAAUUAUUGUUUUUUCAUUUUCUUAUGAUUUAAUAAUUAAAAAAUAAAAAAAAUAAAAAAAAAAAACAGUGUUGAUUGUAAAGCAAAAAUAAAAUUUAACCUUGAUUUGAAAAAAUUAAAAAAAAAAUUAAUUAAGUAAAUAAAUAUACACAAAAAAAUAUAAAUAAAUAUAAAUGUUAUAAAAAACCGAGUUAAUAAAUAUUUUAAUAAAUUUAAAAAAUUAUUU